AUGGCGUCACGUCACGCAAGCCUCCCCGCCGCAGAACUCAUUUCACACGUACGCCAUCGCUCGUGUGCUGUGCAAGGUGCUGUGCGCAUUUUCCCCCCCUGAUGUGUGCAGGUAUUGGACGUGUUGGCUUGUUGUCCAACAGAGGAUUCCAGAAGAACCAGGAGCGAAGUGUCAGGUACUCUCGGGAACAGCUACAGGCGUUUGCUUCAGGGAGAGUAGCUGUUCCCACCUCCAGAGCUGGCUUGACCUUGUCCGCCUAUGGAUAACGAAGACGAGGAAAGCGUUUCCUCGGACACACCUCGACACACCGGUGGGUGAGCUGACAGGGUGCAAUCUCUGGGUGCUGAGCGCUCACAUGCCUGACGUGUGCUAUGCUGUGCAGGAGAAGGGCUCCUCUUUGUCGGGGACGUCUUCGAUCAGUUUACCGACUCAGUCGACGCACUUGGUGGGGUAUACAGACAUGACCGGGGCGGGUGCCGAGGGAGAGGGCUGAUGUGUGUGAUGUGUGCUGUGUGUGCUAUGCCAUUCCCCGACCGACGGACGAUAGGUACCGACCGCGAGAUCCUCCACCGAUGCAUCGAGCUUUACGCCCCUCUCAACUGGCGCCUUCAGCGCCGCACCAAGGUCACCCACCUGAUACUCAAUGUGUGCCUCGGAUGGAACGCCGGCACCCUGAGGCUGCACCCAUGGCCGGCGGAGUCGCCUGUGGACCAUGGUGGCAUGCAACAGGGACCGCACCCACUGACGUCGGUGCUGAUGGCGGGGGAGGAUAUAUAUGGCAAUGGCCAAGGGAGCGAGGCCCGUCGGCCUCCUGUGGUUGCAUGGGUGGACCCUUCCACCCUGCCCCCCCUAGCUGAUCCCGUGGGUGAGAUUAUGGCCAAGAUCACAGAGCAGUACCACAGCAUCUGGAAGGACCGGGCUAAAUUCCUCAAGUGAGCGAGCCGGCAGGGAGGGAGGGAGUUCCUUGAGGUGUUUGUCUUUAUAUUAUACAUGUCUUGUGGCCAGGGUUGAGAAGCCAUUGGUGGAUCCAACAGUGGACGACCUCAAGGGUGUCUGUCGACGCAUUGGGGAGUCCAUGCGGGCGCAGCGGGCUGCUCAAGGCAAGGCCAAGAUCGGCCGCCGCAUCUUCUUCCACUACACGGGCUGCGGCGCGCCCGAGCCAACGCGACAGGGCGAGCUGUUCUUCUUCAGACGAGACCCCACCGACCUCAAGGACCUCGGCGAGUGGGCGCCGCUGCCUGUGGCGUCGCUGCACCAGCUGCUGAGUCAGCCACAUGUGGGCGACCAGCAGCCUGCCACCCCAUCCAAGACACUGCCUUCCCCGCUGAGCGUAAACAUCAACGUCCCUCUGACAGCCAUCCAGAACGUCUACCUGCUGGACUGCCACUACGCGGGGCGCGUCAUCGAGGCGCUGGACCAGUGCCA